CCAUUUUCUUAUUAUUUUAUAUAAUUAAUUAUAAAUAAUAAUUCUUCUUCGCUCCUCACUCUAUAUAAAACCCCACGAAGAAACAGAUAUCUAAGAAAAACUCGCUCCUCCUCCUCUAUUCCUCUCUUUAUCUUAGGCUCUGUUUUCUAACUUUCUGAAAAAGAGCAUGGCUCGAAAACUCACAUUUUACCCUUUUAUCUUACUCUUCUCAUUAGCAUUUCUUAUUUUAGCAGAGGGAGGUUCCAUCAGUAUUAAUUACGGUCGGAUUGCGAAUGACUUACCACAACCAUCGAAGGUAGUGGAGCUAUUGAAAUCUCAGGGAAUUAACCGGAUCAAGCUCUACGACACUGACUCAACUGUUCUAACAGCGUUGGCCAACUCAGGCAUAAACGUCGUCGUUGCUCUCCCAAAUGAGCUUCUCUCCUCUGCCGCGGCUGAUCAAUCCUUCACCGACAAAUGGGUACAAGCCAACAUCUCUCAAUACCACCCUGCGACGAAGAUCGAAGCCAUUGCAGUCGGAAACGAAGUCUUCGUCGACCCUAACAACACAACCAAAUUCCUCGUGCCCGCCAUGAAAAACCUUCAAGCUUCUCUAAAAAAGCUUAACCUCGACUCCUCCAUAAAGCUCUCCUCCCCCAUAGCACUCAGCGCUCUCCAAUCAUCAUACCCGUCUUCAUCUGGAUCCUUCAAAUCCGAAUUGGUCCAGCCCGUGAUCAAACCCAUGCUGGAUUUUUUGCGUCAAACAGGGUCCUACCUCAUGGUCAACGCGUACCCUUUUUUCGCUUACGCAGCAAACGCAGAUAAAAUCUCCCUAGACUACGCGCUGUUCCGGACAAAUUCAGGCAAUGUUGAUUCGGGGAACGGGUUGCGUUACUACAGUCUGUUCGAGGCUCAACUCGAUGCCGUGUUCGCAGCCAUGUCGGCUUUGGGAUACGACGAUGUAAAGGUUGUCGUUACUGAAACAGGUUGGCCUUCGAAAGGGGACGAAAACGAGGUUGGAGCUAGCCAGUCAAAUGCAGCGGCGUAUAACGGAAACUUAGUCCGACGUGUCCUUACCGGAAAUGGGACCCCAUUGAGGCCCAAGGACCCACUUAACGUUUACUUAUUCGCUUUGUUUAACGAGAACCAGAAGCCCGGUCCCACAUCGGAGAGAAAUUAUGGAUUGUUUUACCCUAACCAGCAGAAAGUAUACGACAUUCCGUUAACUGCCGCUGCACUUAACGGCAAAGAGACAGCGCCCGUUAACGGCAGCAAAGAGCAGGUUCCGGCCACCGGUGACGUGUCAACGGCGGCCUCUGGUGCGACGUGGUGCGUGGCGAAUGAAAAAGCUGGGAAUGAGAAACUCCAGGCCGCACUGGAUUACGCCUGUGGUGAGGGAGGUGCUGAUUGCCGUCCGAUCCAGGAAGGAUCCACGUGUUACAAUCCUGACUCGCUUGUGGCCCACGCCUCUUAUGCUUUCAAUAGCUAUUAUCAGAAGAAAGCACGUGGUACUGGCACUUGUGAUUUUGGUGGUUCCGCUUAUGUUGUCACUCAACCCCCUAAAUUCGGUCGCUGCGAGUUUCCCACUGGUAACUAAAACCAUGAAAAUUGAGCCGUUGGGUGAAAAUUCAGAUACAGAUUUGUUGGGGGAUUAGGUUAUUCUUUUUUUGUCAUUGCUUUCUUUAGAAAAUUGGUGGAGUUAUUAUUAUUUGUUUAUAAUAUGGUAAGAUUAGGUGUGGUUGUUUUUGUUUGACGUUCGUUAUGUAAUUAUGUUCCAAUAGAUUUCUGAUUCUAUACGGCUUCAUAUGUGUUAUCUAUUAUUCUUAUUUAUUUUUUUUUUGUUAUUAAA